CAAUAACAAACAAUAAAGCAAGUAAAGUUUCCAAGAACAAGUCACUUUCAUUUUUGUUUUUUUUGAUAUUACCGACUCUGAUUUAGCGCUUGAAUAAUGGACAAGAACGUAAGCAUUGUAGAGUACUUUUUUCAUGAAGACAAGGAUGGUAGUAGAUGCGGUUACUGCAAAGGCAGUGAUACAAAUUUUUCACUAGGGGGUAUGUGGGGACACCAGGUUACAUGUCAGGAUUAUCAGGACUUGAUUGACAGAGGUUGGCGUAGAAGUGGCAAAUAUUUGUACAAAUCAGAUAUGAAAAAGACUUGUUGUCCUUUGUACACAAUAAGAUGUAACGCUAUGGAGUUUAAACCUUCUAAAUCACACAAGAAAUUACUGAAGAAAGUGGAAAAAUACCUAAACGAUAACCCUACAGAAACAGCAGGAGAAGCAAAUGCACCUGACAAAAAUGAGGAGGGUAAAGCUUUGCCUGAAAGUUUGCAGGUUGAAGAAAAAGUGAAGGGAAAGGAUCUAAGACAACGAACUGAAUCCAAGUCUGUUGGAGCGGAUCCUAGCAAGCCAAAGUGUCAAAAGGCCAAAGCAAUGAGAAUCGAGAGAAAGCGACAAAAACUGGCAGCUAAGGGCAUCGAGAUGCCAGAGCAACCAAAACAGCAUGAAGCACCAGAUGCAAAAACAUUAGAGGAACGUAUUGCAGCUCAUUCACCUUCUGACCAGUCAACACACAGACUUGAGCGAGUUUUAGUCAAAUGCGAUCCAAACCUACCAGAAUUCAAGAAAACCUAUCAGCAGUCGUUUGAACUAUUUUGUAAAUAUCAAAAAGAGAUUCACAAAGAUAAACCAGAAAAACUAAACGAACCAAGGGUGAAGCUCGUAAGAGUUGACAUGAACAAUGACGAUUUUAAGAAAACCCUCCUCGAAUCUCACGGCGUUUUUGCCAAGUACCAAGUGAACGUCCACGGUGACAAUCCCAACGAGUGCGAUUUUGAACAGUUCAGGCGUUUUCUCGUGGACUCUCCUCUCUUGUUUGAAAAGCAUUCAUCAACUCCGACGACAGGCUGGGGCUCGUUUCACGAACAGUUUUUCUUGGACGGCAAAUUAAUAGCAGUCGGCGUGUUGGACAUCCUGCCCAGCUGUGUCUCCUCCGUGUAUUUAUACUACGACACAGAUUACUCAUUUCUUUCUCCCGGUAUUUACUCCGCUCUGAGGGAACUGCAUUUGGCGAGGGAGCUCAACAAAACCUGUUCUAACUUGAAGUAUUACUACAUGGGAUUUUACGUUCAUUCGUGUCCAAAGAUGAAGUACAAGGCCCAGUACACACCUUCUUAUCUGGUUUGUCCCGAAACAUACUCUUGGAUACCAGUGGAGAGAUGUACUCCUAAACUUGAUAUCGAGAAAUACUCUAGGCUCGAUGAAACAGACAAAGAAGACGCUGUUGUUGAUAUCAACACUGUUCGGGUUCUUGCUCUCCGCGAAGGGCGCGGAGAGGUCAUGACUUACAAGAUGUACACUGAGUCUCGAUUUAGUUCGAAAAACGACGAAAAGGAAGUGAAAGAGUACGCGCAGCUUAUUGGACCGCUAGUGGCGCCCAGAAUGGCUCUUUACAGAAGUUAAGUAUCAUUCCGGUGAACUUUAGUAACCAGGAAUAUCACAGGAAAUAUUUUUUGGAAAAUACAAGUAUGACAAUUUGAGAUAAUACGAGAUAAGGUUGCACCGGUUAUGAUCCCAAAAUCGAGAAAGAUAAUCCUUGAUCUAAUGGUAGUCGGCUAAGGAUUAGGGUCAGGUUUAGGAUUAAGGAUUAGGGUCGGAUUAAAGUUAGGAUUAUAUGCUUCUGGACAUGGAAAUUCUGCUGUUAAAACCAGUAACCUGGGUCGAGCCUAGUUUUCACGUACAUGGUGAUGACUUACGGACACUUGACUUCACCUGCUGUGUAAUUUUAUGCAAUUAUUGCAGUCUUAAUGCAAAGCAUUGCUGUAAUCACGUUUAGUGUAAGAAUUGGGAUUCAUGUUUAUUUUCUAUAUCAGUGAAUAAAUGAAUGAAUUCUGAAUGGUCAGCUUUGUCAGUGCUGCUAUAUCACGACACAUUCUGCAUAAUAGCUUCAAUUUCUCUAAACUGAUCUUACAUUAGGCUAUUCAAUGACAUUAUUUUUUACUGAAUGGCGCUAUAUAUCAUAUCAUUUCUAAAAACCUUAACUAAUCUUUUUCAUGCUGGAUAACUCUGUCAGUUCUAAACUGUUCUUCCUAGAGGUCCAGUAAGGAUAAUCUCUUAUUGAUUCAGUGUUACUACAGGAGGAAACCUAAACUAAACUGACUUUAUUCAUACUGGAUAGCUUUAUCAGUUCAAAAUUGUACUUCAGCAAGUAUCAGCGGUAACCGUCUCCUAAUGGACCAGAGAUAAAUCCAGCGCGAGUCUGUGUUACUUUACAGGAGGGACCCUUAACUAAAGUUACUAAACGCAAGCGAUAAGUAAAACUGAAAAUUCAACUCUUUUGUCUUGACUGUCUAUUUAGUAAACAUAAAAAUUUAAGAUGAUUAAUAUUUUCAUUCGUAAUAUCAGACACUACUGUUUAUUGUUUUCCGUCACCUGUUCAAGGAUUGACAUUCGAGCUUUGUCUGUCCAUACAAGGCAAAUAAAAAUUUCAAGACAUGUUGGCUUGGAUUUUGAAAAGCGAUGCAAGUUCGGUUACAUGCAGGGAAACUGAUAAAACCGAGUCGAAAUUUCUCUCACUUUCUCACUCCGGUUUGAAACGAGUUUCCAGCGAGUCACAUGCAAGUUUCUAUUAAUGAUUUUUCUCUUAUUAAUUUGUACGAAUUUGCCUUAUCAUUGGGCAGCAGACGAGGCAAGAAUUGCAUUGCUAAUGCUUUAUCUCUGACUGUGUACACAAUACAGCGAUAUGUUUGACACAUUUGCUGUCCUAAAUUAAUUAUUCUUUUUGCCAUUAAUACGUUUUGCCCAUCAUCAAAAGAUAGUCUUGUUGGUUCGAGAAAGCUCUUGCGUCAUAUUUUCCAUUUAAAUGCAUUGGCUCACCUCAACAUUGGAUUAAAGAAUCUAUCAUAAAUCUCGUCCAUUCAAGACACGAAGUUGCUCUGUGCUAAAGUGUAGGAUAUAUUUCAAGGACGUAUGUUUAGUAUAUUUUGCAUUUAUUAUAUAUACAUUUAUGUGCCUGAGCUUUUUAGAGUAAUACAUCAUAUCUUGAGGGCUAGUAUGGCUGGUAUCAUUAUUUUUCGGAAACUAUUUCUGAAAGGCGGUGACUCGGUGCACUGGGCAUUGUAGUUUACGACAAGCUGUUGUGGUUUGUUUCUGAAAUGCAUGAGAGGGAUGUCUCGAACGUGGGUGGUCCACUCCAGUGCAGGCAGUAUUCUAGAAUAGGUUGUUGCGGUUUGUGUCUGAACUACCUGAGAAAGAUUUCAAAUGUAGUGGUUCAGUGUAGGUGGUAAUUUCACAAUACCUUGUCGUGGUUUGUGUCUGAACAAACGUGAUGAUCUGGUAGUACUUCUGCAUGCAAUACUUGUGGUUUGUGUCUGAACUACCAAAGAAAUAUUUCGAAUGCGGUGGUUCUGUGCAUGUAGUAAUCUACAAUAAACUGUUAUAAGCGAGAAAGAAAUCUCAAACAUAGCAGUUCUAGUGUAGGUCAGUAUUCUACAAUAAGUCGUGGUUUGUGUUUGAACCAGGGAAAGACAUCUCAAAUUAAACGCAUGGUAUAGCUAAAUGUAAGUGGUUUUCUGUCGUGACCUGUCGUAAAAUAUGUCUGCCCGACUUUAGAAACAUAUCUUGAUUAUUUGUAGUAUUUUUAAGAUUAAAAUCCCGCUAUCUGAAACGCUCAAGAAAUUGAGUAGAAUUAGCGCGUUAUAGGAUAGGUUUCUAUAGGUCCCGCGGUUACCCGAACUAUCCCUUGCGGUCACCUUUCAUAUGUUGGCAUAUGCCUACAAAAUACGCAAAUAUAUCGCUUACACUUUGGAAGUAUCGAGACAAAACCAGUUCAUCGUUCGUAUGAUGAAAUAAAUAUACAUGCAUGCCAUAGUUAUUAUCGUGUUGAGACGGGGUAACGAGUACAUUUUGUAUACGGUAUAGUGAACAAUAAUUGCUCAGUCAUUUAAAUAAAUACGGCUGUUGGAAAUAAUUGGCGGCAUUUAUCCACUAAUAAAUAAUGUCUUGCUUCGUACGAUUGCGCUUAAUUAAUGACUGGCAUGUUUUGAAAAUUGCAAUCGUAAAAACAGGCGCGCAAGGCGUACAAGUUGAUGAGCAUUCAAACGGAAUUUUUGCUGCAAGCACGUGCUGUCGUGGAUUCGCCUAUUUUUUGCGGGGUAAUUUGGAUUUUAGGCGGUAAACAAACUAGGCUUGCUUCAUCCGCUUAAAACCUCAUCCACUUUCGGCGGCACAUCAUCGUAUAAUCGGCUUUGGCAAAAAAACAAUGACAGUUUGCUAUUUUGAGGCGAUGAAAAAGUUGAUUACAUUUCUGAUGCUUGGCAAGAACAUACCAUUUGCAUGCGGUCGAGCACGAUAUAUUUCAUGCAGCAGUCUUUUAAUUAACAUAGUUUAUUAUUUGUUGAAGGGGGUGCAUGUAUCACGGAAAAUUUCACUGUUUGAAGUUCGACGCGUGCAAUUGAGUGAGGAACGACAAAGGUACCGCCACAACCAGCUGUUCACAUACACCUGUAUAUAUAAAAGCAUACGGGAAGCGUCUGAUGUUGCUAUUGUUCGAGAAAAGUUACGAAACAGCUGUGGAGGCACGAAUUUGCAUCAGGCGAACAUGGGAAACGAUGGAAACAGGAAUAUCAGAGGGUCGAUGAAUUGACGGUCCUGUACGGUUCGUAUUUAGGUGCGUGGAAUUCGUGAAUGCGCGUAGAAUCCUUCCUUUUUUGUGAUCAUAAUAGGAAUCCGCCACUGGAGUCACCCUAGGCUUCGUUGGCGUUACUGAAUAAACCAGUCCUAUUCCUGGCGUAUCCGUUGCUUUCACAAAUACGGACAGAAAGAGCCUUGAGACUCUAAGUUAUCUCGGAAGUCAUCGCAAAACGACGCAUUUCUGCUCCUGGUGUAUGCGUCGUAGUAUCCAUUACGAAGCAACUUCUAUUCCUGGCAUAUUUUGAACAAACAUUUGGUAAAUUUCAUUGAAGCAUUCCUUCCUAUUGUUAAAGAGCAAAUUCUACUCCUGGUGUAUACGAU